GCUGCUUAUUUCAGGUCCCACAAACUUCUGAUUCUUAUAGACUCAGGAAGCCAUCAUGGUUAUCUCUGCGGAAGACAAAGCCCAACUCAGGGUUCUCUGGGACAAGGUUGCUGGUCGCGAAGACUAUGGAGCAGAAGCCAUAGGGAGGAUGUUCGAAACCUUCCCCCCCACCAAGACCUACUUCCCUCACUUUAAUCUGGGCCAGGGCUCCCCCCAGGUAGAGCUUCAAGGCAAGAAGAUAAUUGAUGCGCUGACUGAUGCUGUAAACAACAUUGAUGACCUCCAGGGCACCCUGUCAGAUCUCAGCGACCUGCAUGCCCACAAGCUUCGUGUGGAUCCCAUCAACUUCAAGCUCCUGAGCCACUGCCUGCAGGUGACCUUGGCUAAGAACCUCCCUGAGGAAUUCACCCCUGCGGUACAUGCCUCGGUGGACAAAUUCCUUGCCUCUGUGAGCACUGUGUUGACCUCCAAGUAUCGUUAAGUUGCCUCCCUCAGGGAGGCCCUUCUUCCCUUCCUUGCAUCUGUACCUCUUGGCCUUUGAAUAAAGCCUGAGUAGGAAAAAG